AUGGCGAGAGUGAUAGACAAAAGCAUUGGAAUCUCACAAACUGUCAGCAGAACACUGAAGGACCGUAAGGAGGAGUUUGUUUCUGGCCUAAGUGGCGGGUCAAUUGGCGAGAUCAAUGCUGUGACAGCGAUUGCGCUUGUGGGAUACGUGUCAUGGUGUUUGAUCAACAGGAACUCAUCACUGUUCUCUGAAGGGCAGAAAUGGAGCUCUCUGAGUGUAACGGUGGACUUCUUGUUGAACUGGAUCGGGCUUCUGCUGUCAAUCACGAUAUAUGCCUCUUCACCGUUGACAUUGGCUGUUGCUAUAGUCACUCCCGCUGUUCUGGUGAGCCUCACUUCGAAGCACAACCACCGCCAGCGCACUAAGCUUACAAAGGGUUCAGCGUCGGCUCCAGCCACAGCAUUCCUUCCAAAGAAGCCCUUCAUCACCGCAUAUCGUGGUUCAAUGAUGAUCAUUACAGCUUUGGCGAUCUUGGCUGUGGAUUUCCCGGUGUUCCCUCGUAGAUUCGCCAAAGUUGAAACCUGGGGAACUUCGCUGAUGGACCUUGGUGUUGGAUCAUUUGUCUUUUCCAUGGGCAUUGUUUCGUCAAGAAGCAUUAUACUUGAGGAGACGAACAGUGGGAGUGGAUACUUCACCAAGCUCUAUAAGAGUUUAAGAAGUACAAUGACACCAUUGGUGCUAGGGCUGCUGAGACUGGUGCUUGUGAAGAACCUCGAAUACCAGGAACACGUUACCGAAUACGGUGUUCACUGGAACUUCUUCAUUACUCUGGUUCUUGUAGGACCAUUAUCGAUCCUUUUAAGCCCACUGUUCUCCUAUAUACCACGUGCAGUUGUUUCCAUAGCCAUUUCACUGGUCUAUGAGUACUUCAUAUGCAAAAAGGAAGGCUUCCUCUCAUAUCUCUUGCUAGCCCCAAGAACAGAUCUACUAAGCUCCAACAGGGAAGGUGUCUUCUCACUGCUUGGCUAUUUGGCUAUUUAUCUUGCUGGUCAAUCAACUGGGUUCUACGUCCUACCAUCUCAGAGAACAAAGAAUAACCUGUUCAGGCCUUCAAGGGAGGUAAAAUACACAGGGAGCCGUUUCACAUCUGUAUCUCCAAUAGCUGGGCUGAUUACCUGGUUCCUGACGUACUUUGUCCUGUUCAAGUUUGUUCAGAACAACCACUACUACAGCGUCUCAAGACGUCUUGCUAACCUUCCAUACGUCCUAUGGGUGUCCGCGUACAACACAGGCUUCUUGCUAUGCUAUGCAAUCAUCGACAAGUACAUGUCACCAGAGUGGCUCUCGUACGAGUCACGUAUUCCAAUCUCACUAGAUGCUAUCAAUUCCAACGGUAUGGUUAUGUUUUUGCUGGCCAAUGUCACAACCGGGUUGACAAACAUGUCGUUGAACACUCUGGACUGCUCUAACAGUGUCAGCAUCAUCGUUCUUGUGCUUUACAGUGCCUUCUUAGCGAUUGUGGGGGCAUCACUCUACAAAAUGAAGAUCUUUGUAAAGCUUUGA